GAUGCCAGUGGCCGUCCCGAUUCAGAUCGAUUACAUCUUGAUCUUGAUCUUCCAUUUAGUCAAAUCAAAACACCGAUUUCUGGAUAUUUUUCGCCUGCUCUAGCACUAACUAGCAAGAAGUGAUUUAGCGAGAAUGUUAACAAUCGUUUAAUAAAAGGAGUAAUUCAAGAGACUAAAGCAACAUGGCCGCUAAUCCACCGGAAGAAACAUUCGACCAGGCAGAGUUUGACGAAGAUGAUCUCGGUGAGGUGCAGAUCGAGUCAACCGCUGGCCGAAAACGUCUUUUCAGUAAGGAACUGCGAUGCAUGAUGUACGGUUUCGGAGAUGACCAGAAUCCGUACACGGAAAGCGUUGAUCUACUGGAGGACCUGGUGAUUGAAUUUAUAACGGAAAUGACGCAUAGGGCUAUGGAGAUCGGUCGAACCGGAAGGGUACAGGUAGAGGACAUAAUUUUCCUGGUAAGGAAAGAUGCCCGCAAGUAUUCCCGCGUGAAGGAUUUACUUACGAUGAAUGAAGAGUUGAAACGGGCUCGAAAGGCCUUUGACGAAAUUAAGUAUGUUGGCGCCGAAGCCAAGCUUAAGUGAGAAUGAACUAGAUUUUACUUUUUAUUUGCUUCAAAACUUUGAAAUAAUAACUCCAUUUUUUAAGUAACCGACGUUUUACUAAAAACACCGAUGAGUGACUUAACAAAUGCAAAAACAUAAUAGUAUUACCCAGCGAAUAAAGGUACAAAAAUACAACUAAAA